CCGCCAUCUCCCCCUACGGCCCUCGACCCUCGAAAAUUCUGCUGAUCGACAGCUUUUUCUAGCCAGCAACUGGAGGAUAAGAAGCCAAACCCAAGGGAAAACUCCUCCUCCCCUGUCUCUCCGUCAACUGAUCCCCGGUCCUGGCUAUCCGCUCCUCCAUCAUGGCCGAAUUCGUGCGUGCCCAGAUCUUUGGUACCACCUUCGAGAUAACCAGCAGGUAUACAGAUCUUCAGCCGGUGGGAAUGGGUGCCUUUGGCCUUGUCUGUUCUGCAAGGGAUCAAUUGACAGGGCAACCUGUCGCCGUGAAGAAGAUUAUGAAGCCUUUCAGCACUCCCGUUUUGUCCAAGAGAACCUACCGAGAGCUGAAGCUAUUGAAGCAUAUCCGCCAUGAAAAUAUUAUCAGCUUGAACGAUAUCUUCAUUUCCCCGCUCGAAGACAUCUAUUUCGUGACAGAGCUUCUGGGGACCGAUCUUCAUCGCCUAUUGACGAUGAGGCCACUCGAGAAGCAGUUCAUACAAUACUUCCUAUACCAGAUAUUGCGUGGACUAAAAUAUGUACAUUCCGCGGGUGUCGUGCAUCGUGAUCUUAAACCCAGCAAUAUUCUCAUUAAUGAGAACUGUGAUUUGAAGAUUUGUGAUUUUGGCCUCGCACGCAUUCAAGACCCUCAGAUGACCGGUUAUGUGUCGACAAGAUAUUACCGCGCUCCCGAAAUCAUGCUUACAUGGCAGAAAUAUGACGUGGAAGUCGAUAUCUGGAGUGCCGGUUGCAUAUUUGCUGAGAUGUUGGAAGGAAAGCCGCUUUUCCCGGGGAAGGAUCAUGUCGACCAGUUCUCCAUCAUCACAGAGCUUCUGGGAACCCCUCCAGAUGAUGUGAUCAAGACAAUUUGUAGCGAGACUACUUUGCGCUUUGUGAAAUCUUUGCCCAAGCGAGAACCACAGCCUCUUGCGAAUAAAUUCAAGAACGCUGACCCUGAUGCAAUCGAUCUCAUCGAACGAAUGCUUCUCUUUAACCCCAAGAAACGAAUUAGCGCUACAGAGGCACUUGCCCAUCAGUACCUCGCUCCCUAUCACGAUCCCACAGAUGAGCCGGAAGCGGAAUCCAAAUUCGACUGGUCAUUCAAUGACGCUGAUUUGCCGGUAGACACGUGGAAAAUCAUGAUGUAUUCGGAAAUUCUCGAUUUCCACAACAUCGACCAAGGUGCAGAGGCGGAGACAGUUGAAGGUGCCCUAGCAGCUUAGCCGAUCCUUUGGGAGGAUGGCGCUCCUCGCACAUGGAGCACGAUUUGGCUGCUCUUUCGACCCCUUCCUCUUACCUUUCUCCCCUCCACUGCAGACUUACUACGGAAGCUGCUUACGAUCUUCAGAUGCAUCGUCGAUUGUCCUUUUCGGAGUAUACCUUUCGAUUCGCUUAUGGCGUCGCCAGAUUUGGGUGGUGAAUGAGAUGGUCGGGAUCUUAUCUUUUGCGAUGUGCUUGUAAUGUCCAUAUAUGUCAGAGUUGAUAUGUCCUUCGCCGAUGGUAUAAUGAGAGAAUAGACUUCUUUUAAAUCCCUA